AUGCUGCUGUGGUCAUUGCUGGUCAUCUUUGCUGCAGUCAAUGAACAGGCAGACCACCUCCCUGCCACAAAGACUGUCUGGGUUCUCUGCAGAAAUGGCAAAUCCAGUUUCCCUCCUUCCCUUGCAGGCGAGCUGACCCUUUUGGCGCCCUCUUCCGUCUUUGAAGGAGACAGCAUCGUUCUGAUAUGCCAGGGAGAAUGGAACUGGAAAAUCCAGACGAUGGCUUACUACAAGGAUAACAGAGAGUUAUCUGUUUUCAAAGAAGUCUCAAGUUUCCGUAUCCAAAGUGCAGUUUUAAGUGACAGUGGUCACUAUUUCUGUAGGACCAAAGGAAAGUUCCUGUUCCCGGAUCAAAAUUCAAAUAUAGUAAAGAUCAGAGUCCAAGAGCUGUUUCAACAUCCUGUGCUGACAGCCAGUGACUUCCAGCCCAUCGAAGGGGGUCCAGUGAGCCUGACAUGUGAGACCCGGCUUUCUCCACGAAGGCUGUAUAUUCAGCUCCAGUUCUGCUUCCUCAGAGAAAACCAGGUCCUGGGGUCAGGCUGGAGCAGCUCCCCGGAGCUCCAGAUUCCUGCCAUGUGGAGUGACGACACAGGCUCUUACUGGUGCAAGGCAGAAACGGUGACUCCCAGGGUCAGAAAACAGAGCCUCCCAUCCCAGAUUCGUGUGCGGAGAAUUCCCAUCUCUAAUGUGAGCUUGGAGACCCGGGCCCCUGGGGGACAAGUGACUGAAGGACAGAGACUGAUCCUGCUCUGCUCAGUGGCUGGGGGUACAGGAAAUGUCACCUUCUCCUGGUACAGAGAGGCCACAGGCACCAGUCUGGGAAAGAAAACCCAGCAUUCCCUGUCAGCAGAGCUGGAGAUCCUGUCUGUGAAGGAGAGUGAUGCCGGCAAAUAUUAUUGUCAAGCUGACAACGGCCACGAGCCUAUCCAGAGCAAGGUGGUGAAUAUACCUGUGAGAAUUCCAGUGUCUUGCCCGGUCCUCACCCUCAGGGCUCCCAGGCCCAAGGCUGUGGUGGGAGAUCUGCUGACACUUCACUGUGAGGCCCAGAGAGGCUCUUCCCCGAUCCUGUACUGGUUUUAUCAUGAGAAUGUCACCCUGGGGAACAGCUCAGCCCCCUCUGGAGGAGGAGCCUCCUUCAACAUUUCUCUGACUGCAGAACAUUCUGGAAACUACUCCUGUGAGGCUGACAAUGGCCUCGGGGCCCAGCGCAGUGAGGCAGUGCCAAUCUCCAUCUCAGGACCCGAUGGCCAUAGAAGAGACCUCAUGACAGCCAGAGUUCUUGGGGGACUGUUUGGUGUCCUUGGUUUCAUUGCUGUUGCUUUGCUGUUGUAUUGGCUGUUCCACAAGGUAUCAGGUUAACGUUAUGCAACUAGUGAACCCAGAGGUGCUUCCAGGCCAAAUCCUCAAGCAUCCACCCAUUCCAGCCCAAUCCCAGACAUGGAGGAGCUGCAGCCAGUGUAUGCCAACGUGGGCUCUGUAGAUACGGAUGUGGUUUACUCUCAGGUCUGGAGCAGCCAGCAGCCAGAAGACUCAGCAAACAUCAGGACAUUUCUGGAGAACAAGGACUCUCAAGUCAUCUACUCUUCUGUGAAGAAGUAAUAACACUUGGAGGAACCAGAAGGGAAGAUCAACAACAAGAAUGGGGCAUGAUUAAGACUUGCCAUAAAACCUCAUGAAAAUGCUCGAGGCUUAUCACCUGCCACAGCCAGAAUGAGCAUCUCCUGUCAUCAUUUUUGUUCUGAUCAUUUUCCUUCUCCAGUAUCUUCUUUUACUUAUUAAUAGUCAUUGAAGUGCUACUACAUCCAGACACUGUGCAAAUAAAUUAUUUCUGCUGCCUUCUCUUAAGCAAUCAGUAUGUAAAAAGUUGAGGGAAGGCCGGGUGCAGUGGCUCAAGCCUUCCCAGCACUUUGGGAGGCCGAGGGGGGUGGAUCACGAGGUCAAGAGAUCGAGACCAUCCUGGUCAAUAUGGUGAAACCCCGUCUCUACUAAAAAUGCAGAAAAUUAGCUGGGCAUGGUGGUGCAUGCCUGUAAUCCCAGCUACUCAGGAGGCUGAGGCAGGAGAAUUGCCUGAACCCAGGAGGCGGAGGUUGCAGUGAGCCAAGAUCGCGCCAUUGCACUCCAGCCUGGGGAACAAGAGCGAGACUCUGUCUCAAAAAAAAAAAGAGUUGAGGGAAGAAUGAAUAAGACAUACAAGGUCUCACCUUCACUACUAUGAAGUGAUGAGAACAGGACUUGUGGUGUAUUCACUUUUUUAUGUGCUGCUGAAUGCAGUUUGCGAGUAUUUUGUUGGGAAUUUUUGCAUAUAUGCUCAUCAGGAAUGUUGGCUUGAAAUUUUCUUUUUCCAUUGUGUCUCUGCCAGAUACUUGUAUCAGGCUGAUGCUGGCUUCAUAGAAUGCGUUAGGGAGGAGAACUUCCUUCUUGAUUUUUUGGCACUGUUUCAGUAGGAUUGGUACCAGUUAUUCUUAUACAUCUAGUAGAAUUCAGCUGGUGUAGGGCUUUUUGGUUAGUUGGUAAGAUUUUUAUUACUAAUUCAACUUGAGAGCUUGAUAUUGCUCUAUGCAGGGUUUCUGUCUCUUCCUUGUUCAAUCUUGGGAGAUUGUGUGUUUCCAGGAAUUUAUCCAUUUCCUCCAGAUUUUCUUCUUUAUGUGCAUAGAUUUGAAUGUAAACAUAACUUAUAUUCACUGGGAAACAAAAAAAAAUCUUUAUGACUUGCUUUAUUGCAAUAUUUGCUUUAUUUUGGUGACCUGGAACUGAACCUGCAAUAUCACCAAGGUUUGCCUAUAUUUGCAAAAACGUGCUUUUUGACACAGUAAAUGUGGGUAUUUGCAAUAAACUGUUGUAUUACUUUUGUAAGUGUAUAGAAUAAAAUAUAAACACUCUAU